AUGCUGGCGUAUAUCGGGGAUGGAAUCUAUGAACUGUAUGCACGACGGCACUUUUUGAAUCCCCCAUCUGCUAUCGCCACGUAUUGCCAACGAGUUACGGCUGUUGUCUGCUGUGAGGCCCAGGAUGCUUUGCUGCGGAAAUUGACCUCCUCAAAGAUGCUCACAGAGGAAGAAAGGGACGUGGUGCGGUGGGGUGGCAACGCCUCCACAGGUGCUAGGAAGGCCAAGGGGAGGGCUGGAUCCACUGUGUAUGCCAACGCUACUGCACUUGAAACACUGAUUGGGUUCCUCUACCUCACCAAUCCACCCCGCCUCGAAGAAUUAAUCAUAGCCACGUCAGCAGAUCCUCGUCAGCACAGGGCCGCGUCGCCAAUCUCGUCCGCUUCUUGCGCCGCCAGCCCCGCACUAGAGGGUCCUUCCCCGUGGAAUAAGGCAUCGGCGGGAUUUUCUGCCCCCCGCGCUCCAGGAAGCUUCGUCUUCGGAGCCGCCGGGUUUCACUCCUCUGCUGCUUCCGCGAAUGGCGCCGCGAUUGGCGGCGCCUCUGGCGCCAGUACCAGCGGCGAAGGCAGCGAGUCCGUUUUGUCUGACGCGCCGCUUUCCUCUGGUGCUGACGUCAGCGGCGCGGUGUUAGGCGAUGGUGCCGCUGACGUCAUCAGUGCUGCCACGUCGGACGUGGGGGUGACGGUGGGUUCUGAGCUGGCAGCGGCGGCGGCGCACUGCUCGGCGCCCAUUGCCGCGUUGCAGCAGCUGAUUGGUGCAGUGCAUGACGUGGCAGGCCUGCCAUGGUGGCUUUCUAUAGCAGCAGCAACAGUGGGGAUCAGGCUCAUUCUGCUGCCUGCAUUCAUCUACCAAGUCAGAUCAACGGUCAAGAUGGCGCUCAUCAAGCCAGAGAUGGAGCGAUUGCUGAACAAAGUCAAGGCUGCUGGCUACGACACGGAGGCAGUGGCUCACUACAAUGGCAAGAUGCAAGCACUGCUAAAGAAGCAUAAUACCACGCCGUUUGCUCCACUCCUCGGGAUCUUCCUACAAGCCCCCAUCUUCAUCGGUUUCUAUUUCGCUAUCACAGGCAUGGCAGAGCACAUGCCAUCGUUCGCAACGGGUGGUGCUUUCUGGUUCACGGACCUCACCACACCCGACCCCACCUACCUGCUGCCUCUCAUGUCCUCUGCUGGCAUCCUCGCUGCUGUGGAGCUGAACGCGGCAGAGGGCAUGGAGGGGGCGCCCAAUGCUGCGCAGAUGAAAUGGUUCAUGAGGGGAUUGGCUGUGACCAUGGUUCCGCUUACUGUCACCUUCCCUAAGGCUGUGUUCUGCUACUGGAUCACCACCAACGCCUUCUCGCUUGUCCAGGGCCUCGCAUUUAAGCGGCCUGGGGUGCGGAAGGCUCUUGGUAUCCCCACUAUCAAGCCUCCGCCAUCUAAUGCGCCUGCUGGAAUUGCAUCUUUGGGAUUACCCGGAGCGACUCCGCAGGUUUUUGUGAGAAGCCGCAGGCUUAUUAAGAAGCACUCGCUGAGAAGAGAUCCAUUUUACGAGGCUCGCAAGAGCAGGCUGGUCGACUUUUCAUUACCAGCGGCAUCAGCAGUCCAGCAUUAUAGCUUGCAACUGCGGCUAAGCGCCAGCCCGUCGUUACAAUGCUCACGCAGACGGCCCUCGUCUAUGUCACGCCUUUCUAUAGUCACAUGCCAACUGGGCGGUCCAAACGAAGGCGGGGAGCCCGUCGUGGCUCGGCCGUUCGAGGCUGAGACGGAGGCUCGCGCACAAGCCAGGCUCGCAGCUUCGGAUCCUAACCGACGAUACCAGGAGAUGAUGAAACGGAGGGAGGAGAGCCGGCAACAAACCAUGCGAGAAUACGGCGAUCUGAAGAAGCAGCUGUCGCAGACGGCUAUAGGAGUGGGGGCUGCAGGCACGCUCUACUGCUUCCUCGGGAUCUCCAUUCAGACUGCCAUCAGCUAUGGCAUCGGAAGCGCUGCCAGCUGUCUCUACCUGCUGCUUCUUUUCAACGACGCUGACACCAUCACCCCACAGGACCUCCCUCCCGCCUUCCUUAUCGACCGGAGCAAGCCCAAGAGGAAGGGGCUGGUUGACAGUCUAGCAACAGUCGAUUCGCCUCAGAAGCUGCUGCAGGGGGCACAGCUCGCCCUCUCCUCGCGCCGCCUGCUUGUGCCUGCUGCUCUCGUGCUGCUCUGGGCCUUCUCUGUGCAAUUUAGCGGCAGCGACCCCAACAGCCUCCAUAUCGAGUUUGCACCCCUCUUUAUAGGCUUCCUCUCCUACAAGAUCGCUGUGUUGCUUUUCACUGUUGAAGAUGUUACCAAGUAA